AUGCAGGAAUAUGAUGUAAUAGUGCUUGGAACUGGACUCAAGGAAUGUAUCAUCUCUGGUUUGAUGUCUCAAAGUGGGAAAAAAGUUCUUCACAUUGACAGAAAUCCUUACUAUGGAGGAGAGAGCGCCUCCAUUUCUCCCCUUGAAGAGCUGUACAGGAAGUUCAAGCUUCCAGGUCCUACGGCCAUGGGCCUUGGGAAAGAGUGGAACAUUGACCUCAUCCCCAAAUUUUUUCUGGGCAAUGGUCAGCUGGUGAAAAUCUUGGUGCACACUGAGGUCACUCGCUAUGUGGACUUCAAGGUGGUUGAAGGCAGCUUUAUAUAUAAAGCAGGAAAAGUGCACAAAGUUCCCGCCAAUGAGGAAGAUGCCCAAGCUUCAGACCUGAUGGGCAUGUUCGACAAGAGAAGGUUCAGGAAGCUGCUGCUCUUCGCCCUCAACUUUGACGAGAGAAAACCUCGCACCUACCAAGAUAUGAACCCAAACAAAAUGACCACACGGGACCUUUUCAGCCGCUUCGACCUGGGAGUAGAUGUAAUGGAGUUUACGGGUCACGCCAUCGCCUUACAGAGCCAUGACAGUUACCUGGACCAGCCCUGUGUGGAGACCAUCAGACGGAUCCGGUUGUACUCGGAGUCUCUGUCUCGUCACAAAACCAGUCCAUACCUCUACCCAGUGUACGGGCUGGGAGAGCUGCCUCAGGGAUUCGCCAGACUGAGCGCAGAGUACGGAGGAACUUUCCUGUUGAACAGACCAGUGGAUGAGAUUGUGAUUGACAACGGCAAAGUAAAAGCUGUGAAAUCGGAGGGGAAGCUGUUCCACUGUAAACAGCUGAUCUGUGAUCCCAGCUAUGUUCCCACCCGGGUGAGGAAAGUGGGACGUGUCAUACGUGUCAUCUGUUUAUUAAAUCAUCCAGUUAAAAACACCCAAGAGGCCAAUUCAUGUCAAAUCAUCAUCCCACAAGCUCAACUCAACAGGAAAUCAGAUGUUUACAUAUCUGUGGUGUCCUUCACCCAUAAUGUGGCAUCAGAUGGGAUGUACAUCGCCACAGUGAGCACAACCUCAGAGACCAGCAACCCAGAGGAGGAGGUGCAGCCCGGCCUGGAUCUUCUCGAGCCCAUCAUGCAAAAAUUUGUGUCUAUCAGAAACCUGCUAGUUCCCAAAGAAGAUGGAAAGAAUAGUCAGAUAUUUGUGUCCCGCUCACAUGAUGCAACAAACCACUUUGAGACUGAAAGUGAAGACAUCGCAGAUCUGUACCGACGCAUCACAGGAGUAGAGCUCUGCAUCGGAGGAUCACAGAGACACCUGUCACAGAACUCUGACGACAUGGACUGA